AUGUUUUCUGCGGAUCAAACUUGUUGGUUCAUAAGAAAGGUGAUUUGCUGGAGGGCUGCAGCCAGCAUAGCCUGGGCAGUGUUGUUGUUGCCGCCCACCACAGCAGUUUUUGUCAUCCUGGGCAGAUUUAGUCUUCUCCAUCCAGUCCAAUCGCUUUCAGAAUGUUUGUCCUUCAUGACAAGUGCCAGCGGCAUUUUCUCAUGUGUCCUGCUUUGUGCCAUCACCGCAAUGGUUGGUUUCCUGAUCUUUGAACAUUAUACGGUCAUCCCCACGGUCGCCUGUUCCAAAAUUGCCCUGUUGGGACAGCUGUUGCACCCACGCCACGUGGCCAACUCUCUACUCCACUGUGUCAUGGGUAUUAUUGUGGGGUGGUGCACAGCAGUCACCAUUGGAGGACGCUACGAGAUGCUCGGCUACCCGUGCAGCUCAAGCGACAAUUCCCCUCAGGUGUGUCUGAAUGAGUAUCACCUCAUACUUCUGCUGGCGGGUGCUUUCGUGGGAUUCUCCCACACCCUGUUUGGCGUUGUUCAAAACAUGAAUUAUGUGCCAUUUCACAUGGUGCAGCAACACAAGUACCUUCGCUUUAAGGGAUCCUUGGCACUGGUGAUGAAGUGCAGUGCUGUCCAAGCACUUUAUUCUGUCAGGAAGUACCUCCUUGUCUAUUUCUUUUUGGGAUACAUCCCGAGAGAGUGGAUCUGUAAGAUGUUUAACCUUAAUUUAAACAGUUCCGCCAGCCGUCUUGAUACCAUUCGCGGUCUGCUUGACUUAUCCCUGAUCUACCACCUGUGGAUCAGCGCCACCUUUCUGCUUUUCACCUGGUACAUUGCCCUGCUCCUCUUCAGGAUAUUUAUCACAGAGGGUUACAGUUUCCCAGUACAGUCAUCUUUUACCAAGGACGUGCACCAGUGUCUUCCAAGAGUUCUUUCUGACCCCCAGCCAACAAUUUUAAAGUUCCUCGCUCUACAAGACUUGGCUCUGCUUUCUCAGCACUCACCAUUGCGACGCGGCGAGGUCUUCAGCCUGAGUCAGCCAGGUGGCCACCCACACAAUUGGAACGCCAUCAGUAAAGAGUGCCAGUCACUUCUGGCUGAUCUGACCCAGAGACUGGUGGCGUACCACGACAGUGUGGCCACAAACGGCAGACCUAAGACGUUUUCGUCAGGAAGCGAACAGAAGUCCUCGUCCAGUUCGUCCUCAGUGACUUCUGGCUCAGAGGAUAUAAUGAGUCCAAAGGCCACUAUCUUCUCAAAGAAGACGCCAAGGUCCAUUUUUGCCAGCAGCGCGCAGAGCCCCCUGACGGCACCUUUUUCUCCACCCUACCUGGACAGCCCUUUCGCCUCGCCCAGGAUGCGGCACCUCACCGCAGCCGUGGACCAGGGCUCUCCGUGGCACGGCUCCGUGCAGAGCCCUCACGUCAUGAGGAGGGCACCCAAGCUGUGGUCCACCUCCACAGAAUCCCAGUCUAAUGGCAGCCCACUGCGGUCCCCUGCAACACUUCCCAGUCCUAAAGAACCCUCCCAACCCAGUCUGUCAGCAAAGUUUCUCCAUAACAGAAAAGAACAGGUUAAAAGUUUCCUGUCUAAGCGUGUGCUGAUAGCGUAUUUGUUCAAUAAGCUCCCAGAAGCCUCCAGUGAAGCACUCUUUGCUGACAGCCAGGCUCAUAUUUGGGCAUUGGAGGGACUGUCCUACCUGGUUCAAGCCUCCUUCUCAGAGGAUCACUUUGGAGUGGUGCAGACGACAUUAGCCAGCAUUCUUAAAUGUAUGCUGCAACUGCAAGAGGCAGUGGACCGACACUUUAAGCUGCCUCACGCCUCCACCAAACCCGUCAAGACGACAGGCGGCAUGGCUGACCCGGCCUACAAGACGCUACGCUUUGCUCUUAGGGCAGCACUCAAGACUGCUAUCUACCGAAUCACCACUACCUUUGGAGAUCACCUGAAUGCUGUUCACAUGUCCGCAGAGCACCGCAAGAGGCUGCAGCACUUCCUGCACUACAAGGAAUAA